AUGAAUACUACUGCACUAUCUGGAAUUGCUUAUCUUCCACCAUAUGGCGGAGCAUGGCAUAAUUGUACUCGUAACAUAGAGACCAUUUUUAAUAAAAGCUUCAGUGUUAAACUUGUUGAUAAUUCGACCCCUAUAACUCCGGGAUUUGGUGACUAUGCUAAAGGAAAUUCUUCUCUUAACCGCAUUUAUGACAUCGGUUUUGUAGUAUCCUUAAAAGUUAUGGAUUUAAAUCACACUGAACUUAAAGAUCCUAAAGAUCAACUUUUAAAUGUAAUAUACUAUUGUAAUACAUCCGAAUAUUCAGUCACUCAAUGUGACUCUCAAUUUAUAGGGUUACCUUUUCAAAAUCAAACUGGACUACAGUGGUGCCUAUCUAUAAAAAAUCCAUAUAAUAAUAGUCAAAAAGCUAAUGUAUCAUUCGACUCUGAUGAAACUUCCACAAAUACAAAUAUCAUCAAUAUAAGCGCAAAUGGGGUAGCUCAUAAUCUAAAUAAUAAACAUCUUUUAUUAGUUCUAUUAAUAUUAUUUCAGAUGUUAUGGGAAUAUUUGUAA